AUGGAGGGCCAGAACGGAACGCAGGAAGAAGAAAAGAGGGAUCUUUAUGGCUCUAGUCAUCGAAAGAGUCAUGCUCUCAAGGCCGUCGCUGAUUCUUCCUCAGAAGACAAUGCUGAAGAAGAUUCUGAUGACCCAGAAAGGAUCAGCAAGGAUCUCGCGUUGACCACAAAAAGGUUCCAGCACUUCCGAAAGAAAGACCUAACUCAGAAGAAGGGUUCCAGCAACUCUGGCAGCUCAAAAUAUGACUUGGUAAAUAGCGACCAUGGAAAUGGGAAGAGCAAGAACUACGACUCAGAUGAUGAGAAGAAAUCACAGAAGUUCUUCAAGAAGAACGCCAACUCCUCCUCCAAGUCUUCGUCGAGAUCUUCUUCAAGGAAUCCCUCCAAGUCGUCUUCCAACCGCAAGAACACCUCUCGCAAGGCCAAGGCGUACAUCGACAAGGAGAUGGACUCUGAUGAGGAAGAGCCAUCCGACUCUGAUGGGGCUCUCUCCACAACUUAA